GAGACUCUGAAGAGUAGUAGCGAAGCAAGCAUAGAGUCUUGUGUAGUAGGACUGUAAUUUUGUGUUUGUGCUGUGUUUGCUGCUUCCUUUACACUCACACUUGUAUUUCUAAACAGGGGAAGUUAGUGUUAGAAAAAAGAAUUUGGAGGCAGACUCAAACACGUUACAAAAUCUGUGUGUGUGUGUGUAAGUUAAUAUAACUAACUAUCCACCUUACAACUAACAAAUGGACACACGAAGUGAGAUAAUGCAUUCAAAGUUCAAGAGGAUUUGUGUCUUCUGUGGUAGUAGCCCCGGCAAGAAAACUAGUUAUCAAGAUGCUGCCAUUCAACUUGGCAACGAAUUGGUCUCAAGGAACAUCGAUCUGGUGUAUGGAGGGGGAAGCAUUGGUCUAAUGGGAUUGGUUUCACAAGCUGUUCAUGAUGGUGGUCGCCAUGUCAUUGGAGUUAUUCCCAAGACGCUCAUGCCUCGAGAGCUAACUGGUGAAACAGUGGGAGAAGUAAAAGCUGUUGCUGAUAUGCACCAAAGGAAGGCAGAGAUGGCGAAGCAUUCAGAUGCUUUUAUUGCCUUACCAGGUGGAUAUGGGACUCUAGAAGAGCUUCUUGAAGUCAUAACAUGGGCACAACUUGGGAUUCAUGACAAACCGGUGGGACUAGUAAAUGUUGAUGGAUACUUCAAUUCUUUGCUGUCAUUUAUUGACAAAGCUGUGGAAGAGGGAUUUAUCAGUCCAAAUGCUCGCCACAUAAUUGUAUCAGCACCAACAGCAAAAGAGUUGGUGAAGAAAUUGGAGGAUUAUGUUCCUUGUCAUGAGAGUGUUGCUUCCAAGUUGAGCUGGCAGAUGGAACAGCAGCUUGCUUACCCUCAAGAUUAUGACAUUUCAAGGUAGUUGGGUUUCUUCACAUGCACGGAAGAUGAGGCCAUAUAGAAUUUUGAAACUGGAAGAAGUUAAUUAUUUUCACCUAUCUAUUCUGUUUUUAUCCUUUUAAUUUCUUGUGUAAAUUACCAGGAUCGACCUUAAUAUGUGAGACUACUUUAUUAGUUAUUACCUUGUGAAACUUCGAUUUUGUUGAAGUUGUAAGUACCCGCUUCUGAACUUAUUACUAUUGAAUGCCAAUUAAUUUUUACGUUGAACUA